AUGGAGCAUUUCGGGGGAGGGAACUGGACAAUGAUCCCCAGCAUACAGUCCCACAGUAAUCCCACUACACCCUCCAAUCAGGACCAUCUAUUCCUCCAACAACAACAGCAAUCGCAAUUCAAUCAACAGCAAUUUCAACCACAAUUCAAUCAGCAGCAGCAGCAGCAGCAACAACAACAACGUUUUCCUCAACAACAAACACCGCAACAGCAACCACAGCAAUCACUUGCCUCUCUCUUCCACCUCCAGCAUUUGGUAGAAAAUUUGGCGGACGUUGUUGAGAAUGGGACGCGGGAUCAGCAAACUGAUGCAUUGGUAACCGAGUUGAACAACCAAUUUGAGAAGUGCCAGCAGCUGUUGAACACGAUUGCAGGGACAAUUAAGGCAAAAUCGACGACAGUGGAGGAGCAAAAGCACAAAUUGGUGGACACUGAGAACUUACUGAAACAAAGAAGGGAUCUUAUUUCAAGUUACAGAGAUUCAGUAGAAGAGCUUAUCAAUUCCGAAAUCUGA